CGGGGGUAUUUUGGAACACUUCGCCCUCCAUACUGUCGCGGCCAAGUACAGUACACGUACAGUCACAUGGAUAUGGUAUAUUCUCAAAAUUACAUUCUUUUAGCUUCCGCAUGGUGUUGGAAAGAGACACACCACCUCCCAUGUCAAAGAAACAAGACUAAUUUUUUGUACAAUUGAAGGCAUUUUUUUGUGUUUCCAUCAAGACAUAGAACAAAGCAGUAACUAAAAAUAUGGCUAAGGCACCAGCAGUCGGAAUCGAUCUUGGAACAACAUACUCGUGUGUUGGAGUAUUCCAGCAUGGGAAAGUAGAAAUCAUUGCCAACGACCAAGGAAACAGAACAACUCCAAGCUAUGUAGCCUUCACAGAUACUGAGCGUCUGAUUGGAGAUGCAGCAAAGAACCAGACAGCCAUGAAUCCCAAUAACACUGUCUUUGAUGCGAAGCGUCUGAUUGGGCGUAACUUCAAUGACGCUUGUGUGAAGGCAGAUAUGAAGCACUGGCCAUUCACCGUUGUCGAGGAGAGUGGCAGACCUAAAAUCAAGAUUGAAUUCAAGGGAGAUACCAAGACCUUCUACGCUGAGGAGAUCAGUUCCAUGGUGCUUCUGAAGAUGAAGGAGACUGCAGAGGCAUACUUGGGAAAGAAAGUAACAGAUGCUGUUGUCACAGUACCAGCAUACUUCAAUGAUUCUCAGAGACAGGCAACCAAGGAUGCUGGUGUUAUCUCUGGGAUGAACAUCUUACGUAUCAUCAAUGAACCUACUGCAGCUGCUAUUGCUUAUGGUCUUGACAAAAAGGUCGGCGCCGAGCGCAAUGUCCUAAUCUUUGACCUGGGAGGUGGAACCUUUGACGUGUCAGUGCUCACAAUCGAGGAGGGCAUCUUUGAAGUGAAGUCAACCUCGGGUGACACCCACUUGGGAGGAGAAGACUUUGACAACCGUAUGGUCAAUCAUUUCAUCACAGAAUUCAAGAGGAAGCACAAGAAAGAUAUCACUCCUAACAAGAGGGCUGUUAGGAGACUGAGAACGGCCUGUGAAAGGGCCAAGAGGACACUCUCAUCAAGCACACAGGCUAACAUUGAGAUCGAUUCACUCUUUGAGGGCAUCGAUUACUACACCUCAAUCACCCGUGCCCGAUUUGAGGAACUCAACUCUGACCUUUUCCGUGGCACCCUUGAACCCGUGGAAAAUGCCCUUCGCGAUGCCAAAUUGGAUAAGGAUAAGAUCCAUGAGAUUGUCUUGGUUGGUGGCUCCACCAGGAUCCCCAAGAUCCAGAAGCUUCUUCAGGAUUUCUUCAAUGGAAAGGAACUCAACAAGAGCAUCAACCCUGAUGAAGCUGUUGCUUAUGGUGCAGCUGUUCAGGCUGCCAUCCUAUCUGGAGACAAGUCCAGUGAGGUCCAAGACCUCCUCCUCCUGGAUGUUGCCCCACUGUCCAUGGGUAUCGAGACAGCCGGUGGUGUUAUGACCCCUCUUAUCAAGAGGAAUACGACCAUCCCAACCAAGCAGACACAAACAUUCACAACCUACGCUGACAACCAACCAGGUGUGCUCAUCCAAGUCUAUGAAGGCGAGCGAACCAUGACCAAGAACAAUAACCUCCUUGGAAAGUUUGAGCUGAGUGGUAUCCCACCAGCACCUAGGGGAGUCCCCCAGAUCGAUGUAUCCUUUGACAUUGAUGCCAAUGGUAUCCUGAAUGUAUCUGCAGUGGAUAAGAGUACUGGCAAAGAGAACAAAAUCACCAUCACAAAUGAUAAGGGACGUCUUAGCAAGGAGGAGAUUGAAAAGAUGGUUGCAGAUGCAGAGAAGUACAAGGAGGAAGACGACAAGGAGAGGGACAGGAUCUCGGCCAAGAAUGCCCUUGAGAGCUAUGCUUACAACAUGAAGAGCACCAUGGAAGAUGAUAAGAUCAAGGACAAGGUUCCAGAAGAAGACAAGACUAAGAUCCUUGACAAGUGCAAGGAAGUAUUGGAUUGGCUGGACUCCAACCAGACUGCCGAGAAGGAUGAGUUUGAGCACCAACAAAAGGAACUAGAAGGUGUCUGUACACCAAUCAUCACCAAGAUGUACCAAGCUGCUGGCGGUGCUCCUGGUGGUAUGCCAGGUGGCAUGCCUGGUGGUAUGCCUGGUGGUAUGCCCGGCGGUAUGCCUGGUGGUCCCCCCAGUGGAGACAGCGGAACCGGUGGUGGCCCCACCAUCGAGGAGGUUGACUAAAGCCUCAGGCUGGAACUCAUAGAAGCAUACCAAGCAACAACUCAGUCACAGAAUUACUAAAAGCACUCGAUGUUAUGGAUAUGGAAUAAGAUAAUUUAUAUGAUCUGAAGCUUAUCAAAUCGAUACUAAUGAUAGUACCUGAUAAAUAACUUAGUAAAUAUUUGUAUUCUAAUGAUGCUAAAUUCAUAUUGGUAAAGCAAUUUAUUCACUUGUACUCAUUGAAAUAAUGAAAUAGAUUUUAUGCCAUUGUCCUUAUACUUAAAAAAUUGCAAUAUUUGUCCCAUGUAAUGCCAAUGAUAAAUUUGCCAAAAGUAUAAUCACUAGCUGCUGCAAAUCUUUUAAAGAUAUUUUGUCUGAAAUAAUUUAUCAAAUAAUUUAUAUUUUGUUCCUUUUGAGCAUUUUAAUUGCAUUUUUGCCUUUAAUAUACCCAUUUUAAACCAAAAUAUGUACGUAGAAGAUUUUUUUUUAAUUACUAGAAAGCAUUGAUUAUCUAAUUGUAGUACCAGCUUGUUUAUUUUUCAAAUUUUCCUGUUGAUUGCAUAAAGUUGAUUGCUGGAGAAUGGCCUAUAGUCUACAAGAUAUAUAAUAUCUUGGGAAUUCAUAAAUUAUAGGAUAUGUGAAAAUAAUAAUUAACUGUUAAUUGUUUUAGAGUCUAUAGGUAUGGAAUUCUCGAGUCUUGAUACUCUGCUGUAUGGAAGCAUUUUCUUAUGUCCAUGACCUACAUGGUGUGUACAAAUGAAUAAGGAAUGCUCUGUAUUUGUGUAUUUGUCAAUGGUUUACUGGUUCAUAUGGAACAACUGUGGGAAUCAAAGCUAUUGAGUUAGAUUUAGAUUUGACUUCACUUUUUUAUUGUUUGAUCAUAGGUGUUUUGAAAUGUGUAGUUUGUUCUUAAAUCAAAUUAAGAUUCAUUUUACAUUUCACUUGUUGUUGUGGAAUAGAGAUUUUUGUAGAUCUUGUUGAAAUAUGUCUGAUUUUUAUACCAAAGUAAUCUUUGUUUUGAUUCUAUUCAUCUUGCCUAUACUAACAAAGUUAUGCUCAUUAAUGUACAAUGAUGCUGUUUUUAAGGAGACCAUUAUCUUGGCUUUUUGAAACGAUAGACAAUCAAUAAUACUUGGCAAAAUAAAUGAUUCUGGAGAAAUAACUAUCGAAAGCGAUUCAAUAGCAAUGAAUGCUAUUAUUGAUAAGACCAUUAUCUUGGCCUUUUGAAAUGACAAUAAAAAAUACUUGCAAAAAUAAAUGAUUCUGGAGAAACCACUUUAUCAAAAGCAUUUCAACCGCAAUGAAUCCUGUUUUUAACGAAAUCAUUAUUUUUGCCUUUGAAACGAUAGACAAUCAAUAAUACAAUCAUUAAUACUUGCCAAAAUAAAUGAUUGAGACACAACUCAAAUGCAAUUUUAAUGUUAAGAUUGAAAAUUAGGAUAUCCAAGAAAACCAAUAUUUACCUAUUUAUUAAUCUUUCAAAUGUGAAUUGGAAGUAUUGUUUGUAAUUUACCUUUGAAUUCUUAUUUUGCUGUUGAUGUUUUUUUUUUUGGGGGGGGGGAUUUGAUCCUGAUGUGAUAUUUUUUGUUGUUGUUACUCUAGAAAUAUCGUUCCAAAUUUUUGUUUAAUUUCUCAAAUUUGCUGAAAUAAGAAAAAUCAGUUGUAUAAAUGUAGCCACUUUAUUCUGAAGACUCAUAA